GCCCCUGCCCCGGGGGGCCCCGCUCGGAGGGAAGACUGAGGAAUCGCAUCCACGUUUCGCUCCAGAUCGUCCCAUCUUCCAGGAGACAGGGCAGGGAAAUGGCCAUGAUGGAGCCAGCUCAGGAUUCCCCAUUCCCAAACCUGACCUGAUCACCCGGCUGGAACAAGGGAAAGAGCCGUGGGUUCCCGAUCUCCAGGCCUAUGAGAAAAGCGAACUCCCGAGAAGCCCCCACACAGCAGGUAAUGAGACAGUGAGUGAGAAUGAGGAUGGGAAUCAACAGCAGGAAGAUUCUGGGCACAGGGAACCACAGGAGACCUUUAUGGGAAGAGCUGAAGGGAAUUUCUCCAAGUGCUUGGAACAGGAAGAAGCCUGGAGAAAUUGGCAGAGGUCAAGGCUGCUGGGAAACCACUCAAGGGAGCAAAUGGAUGAAUCUGUUAUAUAUGGGGAAGGACACAGGAAUCCCACAGCCUGGCAGACAACCCCGAGGGAAGACAAAAGCUAUGACUACCUCGGUUCUGUUACGCUUCAGGCAAUAAAUACUGGAGAGAAAACACUUCAAUGGUUGGACUGUGGGGAAAACUUCAGUAAGUGUUCAGAUCCUGCUAACCAUGGGAGAAGCCACCCGGGAGAGAGACCCUGUCAGUGCCCUGAGGGCAAGAAUUGUUUGAAUUGGAAGUCAGCACCGAUUACACAUCAGAAAACCCACACUGGAGACAGACCACAUAAGUGCUUAGACUGUGGGAAAAGUUUCAGAUGGAGAUCAGCCUUUGUUAAUCAUCAGAGAAUCCACACCGGAGAGAGACCCCAUAAGUGCUUGGAUUGUGGGAAAAGUUUCAUACAGAGGUCAAACCUUGUUACACAUCAGGCAAUCCACACCAGGGAGAGACCCCAUAAGUGCUUAGACUGUGGGAAAAGUUUCACAUGGAGAUCAGCCCUUGUUAAACAUCUGGCAAUCCACACCGGAGAGAGACCCCAUAAGUGCUUAGAUUGUGGGAAAAGUUUCACAUGCAGAUCAGCCCUUGUUAGACAUCUGGCAAUCCACACUGGAGAGAGACCCCAUAAGUGCUUGGACUGUGGGAAAAGUUUCACAUGCAGAUCAGCCCUUGUUAGACAUCUGGUAGUCCACACCAGCGAGAGACCCCAUAAGUGCUUGUACUGUGGGAAAAGUUUCAUAGAGAAGUCAGCCCUUGAUAAACAUCAGGCAGUCCACACCAGAGAGAGACCCCACAAGUGCUUGGACUGUGGGAAAAGUUUCAUAGAGAGGUCAGCCCUUGUUAAACAUCAGGCAAUCCACACCAGAGAGAGACCCCACAAGUGCUUGGACUGUGGGAAAAGUUUCAUAGAGAGGUCAGCCCUUGUUAAACAUCAGGCAAUCCACACCAGAGAGAGACCCCACAAGUGCUUAGACUGUGGGAAAAGUUUCACAUGCAGAUCAGCCCUUGUAAUACAUCUGGCAAUCCACACCGGAGAGAGACCCUAUAGGUGCUUGGACUGUGGGAAAAGUUUCAUACGGAGGUCAGCCCUUGUUAGACAUGAAGCAGUCCACACUGGAGAUAGACCUCAUAAGUGCUUGGACUGUGGGAAAAGUUUCAUAGAGAGGUCAGCCCUUGUUUCACAUCAGAGAAUCCACACAGGGGAGAGACCCCACAAGUGCUUAGACUGUGGGAAAAGUUUCAUACAGAGGUCAGGCCUUGUUUCACAUCAGAAAAUCCACACAGGGGAGAGACCCCACAAGUGCUUAGACUGUGGGAAAAGUUUCCUAUAUAGGUCAAACCUUGUUAAUCAUCAGGCAAUCCAUACAGGAGAGAGACUCCAUAAGUGUUUAGACUGUGGGAAAAGUUUCAUACAGAGGUCAGUCCUUCUUUCACAUCAGAGAAUCCACACAGGAGAGAGCCCCCACAAGUGCCUGGACUGUGGGCAAAGUUUCCUAUAUAGGUCAAACCUUGUUAAUCAUCAGGCAAUUCAUACAGGAGAGAGACCUCACAAGUGCUUAGACUGUGGGAAAAGUUUCCUAUAUAGGUCAAAACUUGUUAAUCAUCAGGCAAUCCAUACAGGAGAGAGACUCCAUAAGUGUUUAGACUGUGGGAAAAGUUUCAUACAGAGGUCAGUCCUUCUUUCACAUCAGAGAAUCCACACAGGGGAGAGCCCCCACAAGUGCCUAGACUGUGGGAAAAGUUUCCUAUAUAGGUCAAACCUUGUUAAUCAUCAGGCAAUCCACACAGGAGAGAGACCCCACAAGUGCUUAGACUGUGGGAAAAGUUUCAUACAGAGGUCAAACCUUCUAACACAUCAGGCAAUCCACACCGGAGAGAGACCCCACAAGUGCUUAGACUGUGGGAAAAGUUUUAUACGGAGGUCAAGCCUACUAAUACAUCAGGCACUGCACACUGGAGAGAGACCCCACAAAUGCUUAGACUGUGGGAAAAGUUUCAUACGAAGGUCAGACCUUCUUGUGCAUCAGGCAGUCCACAGCAGAGAGAGACCCCAUAAAUGCUUAGACUGUGGGAAAAGUUUCCUACAGCAAUCACACCUUCUUAUGCAUCAGGCAGUCCACACCGGAGGAGGACAUAAGUGCUUAAACUGUGGGAAAAGUUUCACAUAUAGGUCAGCCCUGGUUACACAUAAGAGAUUACACAUGGGGGAGAGACCCCAUAAGUGCUUAGACUGUGGAAAAAGUUUCAUACAGAGGUCAAACCUUGUUAAACAUCAGAGAAUACACACUGGAGAGAGACCCUAUAAGUGCUUACACUGUGAGAAAAGUUUCAGAUGGAGGUCAGCUUUUGUUAAUCAUCGGAGAAUCCACACAGGAGAGACACCCCACAAGUGCUUGGACUGUGGGAAAAGUUUCACAUGGAGGUCAGCCCUUGUUAAACAUCAAGUAGUCCAUACAAGAGGGAAACCAUAAGACUCUGGGAAAGGUUUCAGAAACAUAUCAGCCUUUCUAAACAUCAGGCAAUCCACACAUGGGAGAGCCCCCCGUAAGUGCAUAGACUAUGGAAAAAUGUUUCAAAUUGAUGUCAUCCCUUGUUUUACAUCAGAGAAUCAGAGGAGUGACCCCAUAACUUUUUAGCCUGUGAAAGAUGUUUUAAAUGGAGGUCAAAUCUUAUUCCAAAUUGGGCAAUCCACACAGGAGAGAGACCCCAUAAGUGUUUGGACCAUCUGAAAAGUUUCACAGAAAGAUCAAAUCUUGUAACACUCAGAGGAGCCACACAGGAGAGAGACCCCACAAGAGCUCAAACUGGAAAAAGUUUCCUACAUAGGUCAGACCUUGUUAAAAGUCAGCUAAUCCACACAGGAGAGAUCCCAUAAGUGUUAGGCUGUGGGGAAGGUUUUAGAUGGAGCUCAGGCCAUGUUUUACAUCAGAGAAUCCACACAAGAGACCCCAUAAGUGCAUAGACUAUGGAGAAUGUUUCCUACCGUGGUCAAGUGCUUGGACCAUGGGAAAGGUUUCAGAAACACCUCAGCCCUACAGAACAUCAUCCAAUCCACAUAGGAGAGAGAUCCCAUAACUGUUUAGACUGAGGAAAAAAAUUUAUAUGGAGGUCAGAGCUUGCUGAAAACAGGCAGUCCACACAGGAAGGAGCCCACAGAAGUGCUUUGACUGUGGGAAAAGUGUCAUACAGUGGUCAGCCCUUGUUAAACAUCAGGCAGUCCGCACAGGAGAGAGACCACA